AUGUCGGGAAAAUAUUUGAAAAUGGCUAAUAAUAUGAUCAAGUUUUAUAGCAAUAAAGGACAGUUUGGAGCACUUCUUGGAACUGAAAAGGUUUGUCAAUUUUUGAUUUUCCCCUAAAAAAUAUAUUUUUUUUAGUUUCAAGCAAUUCAAGCCGACGAAGGUCGCCUCAAAGUUGAAUUUAAAGUGGAACAAGAUAUGACAAAUCACUUUGGAACAUUGCAUGGAGGAUAUACUGCCACAAUUGUUGAUAUUUUCACAACUGCCGCAUUGAUGUGUACAAAACACGAACAUCCAGGAGUUUCAGUUGAUUUGCAUGUAACGUGAGUUUUCCUCAUUUUUUCUGGAAUAGUUCAAGAAAUAAGUUACUUUGUCUAUAUUUUUUCGGCAAAUCUUUCUCAAAAAAUUGUACCCCAAAUUUUUUAGAUACUUUUUAGGCUUUACAUUUUUUGUAAAGAAUAUAAUUAUAAAAAUCAUGACAUUUUAAUUUUUCAAAUCUUCAAAAUUAUUUGUUAAUAAUUUAUAACGCUGCAGAAAUACUCAAAAUCAAUUUUUGAUCUUUGAAAUUAAAUGUUUCCAAAAAAUAACUUUAAAUUUUCAAAAAAAAAAUCAUCACUUCAGUAUUGAAAAGAAGAUGUACUGCCAAAAAUUCAGUGAAUAUCUACAAAUUUAUUCUUUCAGUUAUUUGGCUGCUGCAAAAGUUGGCGAAACUCUUGUUCUGGAUUCUACAGUAACCAAACAAGGUCGAACAUUGGCAUUCACAAAAGCUGAAAUUUUCCGGAAAGAUGAUAAUCGAUUGAUUGCAACUGCUGUUCAUACAAAAGCCUUUCCUCCAAUUCGAGAAAAUUUUAAUGAGAAAAAAUAA